GAUGAUUUUUUGGUGUUGUUCCCUUAGCCUUGGCGAUGAGUUUUGUUGAAACGGUAGUCGUGAAGAGCUAAAAGUCGUAGUCGUCUUUUCAAAAUGUCCGCAUGCCAAGGACCUCUCCAUCAAUGUCUAAUGUGCUGCCAGUGCUGCAGUGGGUGGUAUAGAGGAGAUCCGCAUAAGCCGUGCUACUGCCCCCAAUGUUGUCCCAAACCUAGUUGCCCGCCUCGGGUUCACUUUCCAGAGGAGUUUGCAAAGUUCUCAGACAUGACUUUUCCAUGCUUUCUAUGCAAACAGCGCGAUCCACAAGCCAAGGAGGAUGCCAAACAGAAGACUGGGGAUGAAAAUAAACAGACUGGUAGGCCGGAAACAAAGAAAAAGGGUAAACAGAAGCCUAUGGACGGAAAUAAACAGACUGGUCGGGCAGUAAAUGCAACAAACAGAACGGAAAGACAGCAGGAAAAUGAUAGCAAUCCACAAACUGGUAGGGCAGUUCAAGGAGAAAACAGAUCGGGAAGUCAGACUACUCAGGAGAUAAAUAAACAGACUAGUAAGCCUGGUAUUGGAGCAAACAGAAAGGGGAAAAAGCCGGAGGGUGACGGCAAUGGACAGGCUGGAAGGGCAGGUAAUAAAAGGGCAAGUAGUUCGCCAGCGAGGAAAUCGGGUAAAAAUAAAACUGGUGAUAGCAAUGGACCGACUAGUGUGCCUGGUAAUGGAGCUAAUGGGACAGCUUCACAACCGUGGCCGACUCAAGGUGCAUCAUAUGGGCAGGGAGUGCAGCCGAGCAGUCAAGGUGUGCCACCUGACAUGUGCGUAAUGGCGCCAGGAACUCAGAAUAUGCCUCCUGUCAUGCAGGCACUGCCACCUGGCACUCAGUAUGGGGCUUACGGUCAACAAGGAGCACCCCCAAUUACCGGGGCACAAGCUGCCAUGCCUGAAUAUACAACAGAACCACUUUAUGGCUCUCUGGGACCGGUAGGACCUGCACCAAAUUCCACGCCAUUCGGCUAUCCGCCUCAACCACCGCAAGCUCCAGAAGUUGGUCCACAAGUUGUGCCAGGAUAUGUCCCACAGGCUAUGCAAGGAUAUGAGACUUAUGGGCAAGGAGGGCUUCAGACACAAUAUGCGUAUGGAGACUUUGGAGCUACAGGACCCCUAACAGCACCGUAUCCACAGCCAGAGUUUCCGAGAGAACAAGAAUAUGCCAGCUAUCCACCUCCACCUGCUGCUGGUUAUCCACCACCUGCCGCUGGCUAUCAACCUCCACCUGCAGCUGGUUAUCCACCACCUGCCGCUGGCUAUCCACCUCCGCCUGUACCCGGCUAUGGGGCUGCCGCUCCAGCCGGCUAUCCACCAGGCCAAGCAGCAGGUUUGCCAAGCGACCGUGAGAAACAGUUCAAUCCCUGCACGGGGGAAGAUCCCUGCACAUGUCCGUAUAGGCGGGACGCUGAUACACCGAGGCAGUCGCAGCAGAAUAAUGGAGGAGAAUGUUAUCCAUCGAAUCUCAGCAUGGACGCUAUCCAGCGCUUCCUGAAGUCGCUGCAAUUGUCUUGUCCCGCGAAUGGUCUGCAAAACUGCGCUCUCCUUUUACCCAUAGACAUGGCCAGCCGAACGGAUGAGGGUGAAUCCAAAAAGGGAAAGAAAUCACCCAAGAAAGCACCCAAGCGAAAGCUGUCCAAAAGUGAGGCAGAUAAAAAGGCAGCAACUGGUGGAGGUGUAGCUGCAACCAAAUCGAAAGGAUCUGCUUCUACACCUGAGGAUAAGUCAAAGCCUCCAACGCCUGAGCCAUCAACCGAAAAUGCAGCGAAAUGUGACGCUGACUGCCACUUCAACUACAACACCAGCUGCAUGAAUGAAGCCGACGACAGCUCGCAGUCGUCUGCAGCCAGAGCCAAAACAAACCAAACCCCAAAGGAAAGCGAGCCCGCAGCUCCGACCGAACCAGCAACAUGCCCCAUUAGGAAUGGCUGUAACGCCUGCUGCAAUGGCUGCUGUCAACCGUGCCACUGGCCGUCCUACUACUAUUGUUAUAACCCAUACAACGGCUGCUACUACUGGUAUCCCAGCUACUGCCAUGGCUGCCAAAACUGCUGUCCGCAGGAUCCGCAGGAAGCAGCUCCAGCAGCAGCAGCACCCACAGCAUCUCCAGCAAAAGCAUCUACAGGAGCAUCGGUAAACAAAGGAAAGAAGAAAAAUGAUAGAAAAGUGGGCGGUGGGCAAGGCCAGUGGAGUAUCUACGAACAACGGAUGAGCAGCAAGCAAAACUGUAGCCUCAGAGGCAGCGUACCCAAGCGCCACACUGCCACAGCCCCAAGGAACAUGAGGCAGGGUAUUAUGCCAGGCUAUUAUCCCACAUCAACGCCCAGUGACUGCUCUCCCUAUGGCCAGAUUGGGCCGGUCAAAAGCAGAACUCGUUGAGGUAGCCGCUGGGAAUCACGACUCGGACGAUACGUUCUUCUCGUCUUUGUCCAAAUUUAACGUUAAAUACAUUUUUUUUUACCACUUUUGAGAAUAAUUCUAAGAAAGAUGACUAAUUUGGGAAUGAUAAAGACAAAUCUAGACUCGAAACCACCCUAAAUCUUUGUAAAUCAGAAGACCUAUGAAGCACCCUGUGGCACAUUUAUUAAUUGAUUAAUUUCUUCUUAAAUUCUGAAUUAAAAUCUAAUUUAUGCUGUA